CUCGAUAUAAAUAUAUCAUUUUCAGGGAAAUAUCGAUAUAUUAUCAACAAUAACCUUGCCUCGUUCGGAUCGUUCGUAAAAUAUUGCUAAAUAUUUUCAGCAAAGGAGGAGCCCUUGCAAAAGUUAAUAAACAAUAGUGGCAGCGGAAUAACGCAGUAAUUGACAAACCGCCGUUGCUUUACCUUGUUUUUAAGUUAUUUGCUCGCUUUAAAACAAAACCUUUCACCUUAAAAUAAAGCAUCCCACAAAACUCUCCUAAAAACCCAUCAAAAUUAUGGUCAGCGUAAAAAUUGUCAAAAAUCCUCAACAGCAUCGUCCAGCUAACGUCAACGGCAAUAGCAUGGCAUUCCGUGGUAACCAGAACCGUAAUCGCAACUUCGGCGGCGGAAACAACAACUAUGGAGGACCCAUGGGCGCCAAUCGCAUGGGCGGCAUGAACAUGUCGCCGUGGGAGUCCCAGAAUCCUGGUGGUGGCGGCCAAUUUGGCAACAACAUGCGCCAGGGCGGCGGUCAGAUGAAUGCCCAGGCCAUCAAUUUAGCCAACAAUCUGCUGAACAAUCUGUUCCGCAACCAGAAUCCACCAUCGCUCCUCGACUUGCCUCGCGGCGGCGGCGGCGGCAUGGGAAAUCGCAAUCAGCGCGGUGGCCCGAUGGUCAGUCGCGGUGGCGGUGCCGGCAAUCGUCUCAAUAACCGUCGUGGCCAGGGAGGCUUCCAAAAUCGUGGCGCCACUGGUGGUGCUGGUGGUCCCAAGCCCCCGCAAAAGCAGGGCGGCGGCGGUAUUCGCAAGCAAAAUGCUUUUGAUCGUGCCAAGAAACUUUUGGCUAAAAAUGCCAACCAAAAUAAAAAGAAGGAACCUACUCCUGGCGAAAAGAAGAUCGAGAGCCCCAGCAAGGAGUCGCCGUACGCUAGUGUGCCGAACGACAUGUUCUACUGUCAUCUGUGCAAGAAGCACAUGUGGGACGCCAACUCUUUCGAGAACCACAUCAAGGGACGCACCCAUCUGAUGAUGCGCGAGGGUAUCGAGGAGAGCUACCGCCUAAAGGCCAACAUGAUUCGUCAGGAGGCUAAGAUUGCCGAGCAGCUCAAGUCCAUUGAGUUUGAUCGCCUCAAGCGCAUGGGCAAGAGCAAGCAGCGUCAGCUGGACUACUGCACCAUGUGCGAUCUCAACUUCCAUGGCCACAUCUCCACGCAUCGCAAGUCGGAGGGUCACUUGCAGCUCAAGAAGUUCUUGCAUCCCAAGUGCAUUGAGUGCAACAAGGAGUUUGCCACUCGCAUUGACUACGACACUCAUCUCCUGUCCGCCGAGCAUCUGAAGAAGGCCGCCGAGAGCAACACCAAGGUGGGAGAGCGCAAGCGUCAGACCUUGCCCAUCAGCACCGAGGAGGAGGAAACCCGCGAUCUCCGUCUGCCCCAGAAGCGCAAGAAGAAGCCGGUGAAGAAGGAGGGUGAGGCUGGUGCCGAUGGCGACACUAGCGUUAAGAAGGAGGCUGGCGCUGAUGGUGAAGCCGCCGAGGGCGAGGAAGGCGAAGGCGAUGAGACCAAGGAGGGUGAGGAGAACGCCGACGAGACCAAGGAGGGUGAGGAGGAGGGCCAGGAGGAGGAGGAGGUGGCUCUGCCUGUCGAUCCCGAGGAUUGCAUUCUUGACUUUGCCGACGGCGACGAGAUUCCCAGCGAGGUGGACACCCGUCUGCCCAAGUACAACUGGCAGCGUGCCGUUGGUCCUGGCCUGGUCUCCAAGCUGGAGUGCUACGAGUGCUCGGUGUGCAGCAAGUUCUUUGACACCGAGGUCACUGCCGAGAUUCAUACUCGCACGGCCACCCAUCAUCGCAACUUCUUGAAGUUCAUCAACGAGAAGUCCAGCGACACCAAGAUUGCCCAGAAGCGUGCUGCCGCUGCUCUGGAGGAGAAUGAGCGCAAGAAGCGCAAGAUCGAGGAGACGGAGACCCCGGCUGCCGAGGGCACUGCUGCCGAGGAGGAGUCUGCCGAGGGUGCUGAGGGUGAGCUAUAUGAUCCCUCCGAGGCCACCGGUGAUGAUGAUGAUGUUGAGAUGGCUGAGGACAAUGCCGAUGGCGAGGCCGCUGGUGAAGAGGAGGCCGAAGCUGAGGGUGAGGAGGAUGCCGGCCAGGAUAAUGGCGAGGAGGAGAUGGAGGCCCAGGAAGAGGAGGAGCAAGAGGCCGAAGCUGAAGCCGAACCGGAGCCAGCACCAGAGCCAACUCCCGCCGCCAAGCCAGCUGCAGUGACCAAGACCCCGGCCAAGGCUGCAGCAGCUGCUACCGCUGCCGCCGCUGCUGCCACACCCGCUGCAGCGUCGCCGGCAGCCGAUGCUUCCCCCUCGCCGGCCAAAAAGGCCACGCCUGCCCGAGCCGCCGCCGGGCCAAAGGCCACGCCGCAGCGACAACGCGCACGCGGUCGCUACAAUCGCUAUUAAUUUAGAGUCGAAGCAGGAAACGCGAGUUGUAAGAACGUAAUUUAAACAUAAAAAAGGAAUCCAUUUAUACAUACACACACACAAGACAUGCCCAGGAAGAGGGAUCUCUCUCUCUCUCUGUCCACAAUCUGACAUUUGCAUCCCCUGAUUUGCAUAAAAAACAACCAAGACAACAAAUAAAACUUUACGCAAUCAUCGUCCAGCGAUGAAGACAGUUGAAUACAUUGUAAUCGAAGACGAACUUCUUGACAAGAACACCACAAACAACUUGAUUGAAUUGAUUUCCAUACCAACUAAAACUGAGCACAAUCCCCAAUUCAAAAUACAAAAUACAAAACCAAUUCCAAUUCCAAGUUCCCCUCCCAGCAAUGCAAUGCCCCACCACCCUCUACCAAGACACACCAGUCGUCCAACCAUUCAAAUUAUGUAAUCAUAUAAAUUUUAAAAUAAACAAUGAAACAAAAUGUAGUUGUAAAACAAA